UGUUUACAAAUAUUGUUAGUUAAAGUUUUUUAAAUACUCUCGACUUGCAUGCCGAUUUGUAGAUAAGUAUGGCGUUUUUAAUAAAAAAUAAAACAUUUAUUCAUUCUACCAGGUACUUUAAAUUUGAUGUACCGACGAAGUGUAAUAAAUCAUUUUUGUCUACUGUUAUUCCUGAACACUAUGAUCAAACUAUCAAUUCUAAUAUUAAAACAUUUAAACACCAACAUACUACUUUAAUAUCAUUAAAUAGACCUGAUGAAAAAAAUCGUUUAAAUAUAAAAACUGUAAGUGAUUUAAGAAAAGCUAUUUCAGAAUUCGAGAAUGAUUGUUCAUCUAAGGUAGCUAUCAUAUAUGGAGAAGGAGGCUCAUUCUGUGGUGGAAUGGAAUCUGAGUUGGUUAAAGCACCAGAAAUAUGGAAUAAUUUUCUACAAUCCUAUUGUCAAAAACCUAUAAUAGCUGCUGUUUCUGGAUUUUCCUAUGAUGUUGGCUUUGAUUUAUGUUUAUGGUGUGAUAUACGAAUUGUAGAAGAAAAUGCUGUCAUAGCUGUCAAUAGAAAAUCAGACGCUCCUAAGUCUAAAACAUUUCUCAAAAGACUUAUAUCCACUGUUGGGUAUUCAAGAGCAAUGGAUUUAGUAUUAACCGGUAGAGAUUUGUAUUCUAAAGAAGCAUUUGAAUGUGGUCUUGCAAAUCGAAUAGUUGCUUGUGGAUCUAGUGUUGGUCAAGCAGUGAACAUGGCAUUUAACAUUGGUAAAUUUCCUCAACUAGCUAUGUCCUAUGACAGAAGUAUAAUACAUAAAACAUCAAUAAAAUAAUUGUUGUGUAUAGAAAUAACACUAAAGAAGUGCUUUAAUAUGUUAAUAUAUUUGAUCAUUUGAGUUUUUAAAAA